AUGAUGAAUAAUGAUGGUUUCCCUAAUGGAUACAAGAUGAACAAUGUUAGCAGCAUAAAUUCUGUCAUUACCACCACCACCACUGCUAUUGUUGGCCCGUCUACCAUCGCUACUACUUCUCUGACACCUACUGAACCCACCACUUCUACCACUCCUACUGAACCCACCACUUUAGUCACUCCCUCCGAGGUCACCAAUUCUGUCACUUCUACAGCGUCUACCACUGCUGUCGCUUCUUCAAGCGCAGUAAGCAACGGUGGUGGAAGUAUAGAAAAUGGAAAUAAUCCAGCGGGAAUAAGUACUGCAUAUCAACAUAGAACAAUUGAGACUAGUGGUAAUCGAUCCUGUGCGAAUAAAAUCAACGUAAGUCGAAACAACCAAAAUCAGAAGAACCCAAAUAUGAGCAUGACAAAUCAAAGUAGUGAAAACAGUAAUGGAGGAGGAACCCCUCAUAUUAGUGGAGUAGGAAUUGCAUCGAACAUGCUAUCGCAUGGAAAUUCACAAAGUAGUGCAAGUAAUAAUAGCAUAAACGGAUGUCAGAAUUCCCAACAAAAACAAGGGGCCAACACGCAUAGCAUGGUUGGAGGAGUUAAUAUAAACAACAGCACAUUAAAUAUUGGUAUGAAGAACAGCAACAUGAAUGUUAACGUGAACAUGAGCAUGGGGAGUAAUAGAAAUAUGCAACAUCACAAUGAACAUAUGUCAAAUGAUACUAUUGGAGGGAAUGCUAACAUAACGAAUAGUAAUAAUAAUAACAACACACGUAAUUCCAUUAGUGGAAGGAAUAUUCCACAAACGGAUGAUGAGGAGAAAAGAAAAGUUUAUCAACUGUUAUUUGACCUAUGUUAUUCAGAAAAGAGAGAAAGUGCAUUACUUGAGUUGUCUCGAAAAAGAGAAACAUAUCAUGAUAUUGCACCAGUUUUAUGGAAUUCAUUUGGAACCAUAACAACAUUACUACAAGAAAUUGUCUCCAUAUAUCCCCAGUUAUCUCCUCCAUUAUUAACAACAUCAUCUUCCAAUCGAGUUUGUAAUUCAUUAGCACUUCUACAAUGUGUUGCAUCCCAUCCAGAAACGAAACAGCACUUUUUGAAUGCUCAUAUUCCAUUAUUUUUAUAUCCAUUUUUAAAUGCAGAAUCUAAAAAUAGACCAUUUGAAUAUUUAAGGUUAACAUCUUUGGGUGUAAUUGGUGCAUUAGUUAAGGUCGACAACCCAGAUGUAAUUAAUUUUUUAUUACAAACAGAAAUUAUUCCUUUAUGUUUGCGAAUAAUGGAAACUGGUAGUGAGCUAUCCAAAACAGUUGCAACAUUUAUUGUGCAGAAAAUUCUAAUUGAUGAAUUAGGGUUAAAUUAUAUCUGUGCCACUCCUGUAAGAUUUUAUGCAGUGUCCACAGUACUGUCGAAUAUGGUUAAUGCACUUGUAGAAAAUCCAUCUUCAAGAUUGUUAAAACAUAUUGUUAGAUGCUAUUUAAGAUUAUCUGAAAAUCCAAAAGCUUUAAAAGCACUUAGAGAAUGUUUACCAGAAUCUUUGAGGAAUGUUCAUAAAGCAUUUAUCCCUUGUCUAAAGGAGGAUCCAUAUACAAAAAAAUGGCUCUUGCAACUUUUAUACAAUAUUAAUUCUGAAGAUGUUAUGCAUACUACUGCAACCCCUAGCGUUGGAUCAUAUGCAUCUAGUAACAUUGGAAAUGCCAAUAGUGGUGCUAGCAUUGCAGGUGGAUUCAAUAACAUUAGACAAAACAUGUACAAUGGAGCUCCUCCCAAAACUGGCCAUGCAGGGAUGAAUGCCUCCGCGAGUGAGAACUCUGCUGGUAACCAAAUUGGUAGUGGUCACCAAGCCAACAGCAGCAGCAGUAGUGGAAACUCAUUUAAGAAUAAAAUAAAUAUGAACAAUAUGACCAACAACCCAAAUGGUAAUAAUAAUUCUAACAAGAUGAACAGCAAAGGUAGCAGUGUAAAGACUAUGCCGAAUGGAACUAGCAGUAGUACUCCCAAGAGAGAGACCAAUAUGACCCCGAGAAAUAAUAUCAGUAGCGGGAACGGUGGUUCAAAUAUUAAGGGGCGAGGGGUGGUGGUCCCUAAUGUUGUAAGUGCUGCAAAUGAUGGAAGUGCUGUAAAUGAUGGAAGUGCUGUAAAUGAUGCAAAUGAUGCAAAUGCUGUAAAUGAUGCAAAUGAUGCAAAUGCUGUAAAUGCUGUAAAUGCUGUAAAUGCUGCAAAUAAUGGGACAAGUGAGAAUAACAAGUGA